AUGCUGAACGCGGCUUUCUUUCUACACCUCAAAAUAAAACGGUCUCUCUGUUCUAUUCUGCUCGCGGUGACCCCCACCCUAGCCGAAUAUGUCUCCAUCUGCAGCGAGACUACGGCCAACUUCGCGCUCAAUGGCGGCUUUGAAAUGGGAAACACGCAGUACUGGGAUACUGCGGGGUCAUCAGUAUCAGUGGGAUAUGUGACCCAGGACGUGACCGAGUGGAAGUAUGUUAGCAUGAACGUGCAGAAAUACGUCGGUGCAGGCAGCUCCGUCAAUUGGCCUUACUUCUACGUCUUAUGCAGUAGUGGUGAACCUACCCUGUACCUGGAUGGGAUCUCCAUUGCCUAUCAGACUGAGACUUGUGCCAGCAGCCUGGUCACCUUGAAGCCGACGCCUGUUCCGACAUCGCUCAGCUUCUCGGUUGCGGUUGUUACUUCUAGCUCUCCUGCGGUGCCGUCUCUUGUGGUGCCAUCUUCUGCGGUGUCACCGCCGGUGGUAGCGUCUCCUGUGGUGUCUUCUGCCGUGGUUUCUGCGUCAUCCUUUGUUGCGGUGAUACCCUCUGCAGCGUCGUCACCCGUAGUGCCUUCUGCCUCAACUCCCCUGGUCCCGUCGGCCGUUGUGCCCUCUGCUGUGGUGUCAAGAACUUCCCGGCCUAUCAUUCAGCCGUCUUCUGUUACUCGCUCUGGCACUCGGAUGCCUGCUCCGUCCAGUUUCGUGUCGUCCCAAAUGGUAUCGCCCUUCAGAGCGUUCACCCCGCAGCCGCAGUACAGCGCCAUUCCCUCUUCUAUCCAGCCGCACUCUAGCGUCGUUCGCUCUUCUAUUCAGUCCCUCUCCAGCCCCGUUGGUUCCACUGCGCAGCCUCUGUCUGGCUCCGCUGCUCAUUACUCUGCUACAGCAACCACGCAGACACUGGUGCCCCUUCAGUCCAAGCUCCAGUGUCACUGCCAUAUCGGGACCGAGCUCUUUAUCUGCCUCAAUCUCCCAGGAUUCAAUCCCAUCAUUCGGCUCAGAGGAGUUGACAACAUCGACCAUUCUAAGCACUCGCCCGGCCACAGUGACUGCCUACCCAGAAACAGUGACCGACUGUCCAGCUCGUCAACGCACCACAUAGCUGACAACGGAAACCGUGGUAGUCGGGAUUACCACCUGUCCAGUCACCGCCCACGCCCAGCCCACAGUCAUAAUCAACGCUCAGGGCUCAGGUCCCUCCAACGUGCCAUUGACUACCUCCACUGUUUUCACCACCCGUACGUCCACAGUCACUGCGUGCCCUACGUCAGUCACCAACUGCCCUGCAUCCUUACAUAUAACCUAUGUCACGACGGAGACGUUGGUGGCCUACACGACUAUUUGCCCAGUCACUGCUACUGA